GAGUGCAGGCAGUACAGGUCGCAUCGAUUAAGAUUCAAAUACGUCGCGUGUGGUUUAUCUAUAAAUAACAUUAGAUUUUUGCUGAAAACUGUGAGAUCCUUGCCUUAUCUUAGAAGUAUACUUUUAUUGGAUUUUACAUCAUGGAUGACACAGGACGUGGAGGAGUUCGUGAGGACCUUCUGUGCUGACAACCUGUCUGCAAGCAACAAAGAGAACUGCACCAAAAUCAUCCAGAGGUGCAGCACAAUUGCAGAGGACAAACUCAGGGUUUACAUUGAAGCCCUGCAGAAGGAGCUGCUGAAGCCAAAGAUCAAGAUCACUGACAGCAUCGAAGAUUUGCUGAUCAAGUUGCAUGGGGAACUAGCACCGGCUCAUCCCUGUCUGAAUGUAUUCCUGCUCAGAUCCACGAACAAUGAUAUAGAACAAAUCAAGUAUAACUUUGCAGUGCUCCAGAUCGUUUUGUGCAGUGACAACCAGAAAGUGGAUAAUAUAUUUGAAAGUAUAUUGAACAAAACAGACACUGAGAUGGUAUCGAGAGCGAUAAAAUGUAAUCGUCAAAACGACAAGGACAAUGUGUCAUACCAGUUCUUGCACACAUGGGUCAUACCGCAGAUCUUCGCUGAAAACACGACCGACAAGAAACGGAGCGAUCUCAUUGAUCUGGUUAUGGGAUGUCCCAUUGGUUACUCUUACAGUUUCAUGUCACCAAAGGAGUGCAAGGAGUUCAAGAAUCGCAUCGUAAAUACUUAUCUAAAAACGUUGGAUCCCACACGCACAAAAUAUGAAGACUGGUGGAAGCAGUGCAAAGUGCUGAUCCACUAUUCCGGUCAGAUAUUGCACAACGAUUCCGAAAUCACGAACGCGAUACUGCGUGUGAUCGAAGUCGGCUUUAAGACUAAAAAUUCCAAAGACAGAUGCGGCUCGUACGAGUGUUGGAAGGAAUUAACUAAUAAUUACAGUAUUGAUACAAAGUGUUUAAGGAAGCACGUGAAGCUUCUGACGAAACCGUUGAAAGCGAAGAUUUCCAGGCAGAUCUCGGUUUGCAUCAAGAGGUUCGAAGCGUACGCGAAUCUGAUCGAGAAAUUGGAGAAUUACUCGAUCUCGACCAUCGAAGAUUUCUUGGAGUUCACUUUUGGUCCUUUGAGUGCAGAAACCGUGACUCCGGAGGAUACGGCCACGGUCAAUCCGAUCAAAGGAAUCCGGGAGGUCGAACAGAAGAGCACAGAAAUAUUCCUCAAGUUUUUAGGACACGAGAAGGAGACUUGCAAAUGCAAGAACAAGACUAUUAAUUUGACUGAUAUUUAUAAGGUUCAUACGCUUAUAAACUCAGACAACGUAAGCUCUCACAUUGAGAUUUUCGUGGCUUCUCUGAGGAUGUGCACCGAUAUGACUUGGCACUGGACGAAGGACGAUGAAACCGAAACAGUGAUAAAUUGUUUGUGGUGGAGCAUGUUCAAGAUACUGUUACAAACGACAAGAGAGCAGACAACAACAUGUUUGAAAACUAUUUGUCCACAUGUGCAAAUCAUGAUACAGAAAUGCUUAACUCUGGACACCUACUUUGACGAUGUACUGAAAACGGUUUUAUCGACGAUGCUGUACUAUUUGGAAUCCACCAAUUGCAUCGAUGAAGUCCAAGAGCAUUUGAUCUUACCCAUAAUCAAGGAGAUUUCCACUGUGAGAAACAAAACAGGAAAAAUACCCGAAUGUAUCUUUACGGAUUACCUGAAAAACAUGCUUCAGUUUUGCAAUUGGACGAACGUGAAAUUCCUGACGGAUUUAAUAGAUUUUGUGGAGACUUUGAAGAGCCAAACAUUUUUUAACAGCGAAAUUAUUAGUUACGCUCUUAACCAAUUGGAGAAAAUUUCGUGUUCCAAAGAUUAUCCAACGUUGCUUAAAGAUGAACUGGAAUUGUUCAAACGACUGUAUUUGAUUUGUUUCGAUUGGAUUAUUUUGAACGAAGCCAACAACCUUGCCCAUUAUUUCAAUGUAGAUCUGAUUGGUAAACUUGAUGUUAAGCGAAAAAUGUUAUCUACGAUGAUGACUUAUCAGAAGAAGAACCCAUUGUUAAAUAAGCAUAUUUUGAAUCAAUCAUUGCUCCUGGUUAAAACUAUUAGUUCCGAAGAUGAAGCAUUUAUGAACACUCUUUUAGAGUUAAUUGCAAUUUGCAUUUCGGAUCCGUUAUUGGUCGUGGAUAAGUGUAAUGUUUUGGAUUAUGUCAAGUAUUUGGAAGAUCUGCGAUGCAGGCUGAAUUUCGAUUUAGGAGAUAACUUUCUUAAUUGUAUCGAAUCUUUAUUGAAACCUCACAAGAUCUACGACAUAUUGUCGAUUCUUAAGGAUGCUGCGGUCAAUUGGAACGUUAAGCAAAAACAGAAGUUUUCUACGAAACUGCAAAGCAUCUUGAUGGAUUUGACCACGCAUUCGGAUAGAACUGUAUCGGACACUGCUUUAUCUGUUGUUAGCAGGAUAAACGUUCAGGAGAACAAGACUAAGCAGGUUAAACCUUCGACUAGAUCGACAAAGGUCACAGCAGCCAGUUCACCCCUACGUUUACUUGGACAAGAAGUCGAGUCGCCUAUUAAGCUGAGAGGUAGCUUUCUGGAUGUAAUUAAGAAACCGGAAUCUCCGAGGCCGGUCAAUCAAAUGCCUAAUUUCAAGAAGAAAGAGAAUAAUUUGAAUGACCUGUCUGGAAAGGACUUUGUGGUUUUCGAUAGUGAAGUGAAAGUCUCCAAGGCGAAGAUGAGCGAGCAUCAAGCCGAGAAAUUUAUGAAGCGCAGAGAUGAUAUACCUGCUCUGUAUCAAGAUUUAUCUCAGAGCUUGUCGCAUUUAUCCGAUAUUAAUCCGAAGGAAAAUACUAAUGCACCAGUAGAGAGUACAGAUACUAGCAUUCCACGGGAAAAUGCUGAGAAAGUAACUGAAGAUAAAGCGAAGAUUGAUGAAGCCAAGAAUACGAAAGCUGAGGAGGAGGAGAAGAUAAAACUGAAAACUAGUCGAGAAUUGGGUUUACUGAAGAUGGAUAUCGUUGGUGCGGAUAAGUUUUUGCAAAUGCCCAAGAAGCGUAGCAUCAAACGGAAAACUUGGGGCAGCGAAGAAAUCGAGGGUGUAUCCACUUCAAUGAAGAAGCGAAAAUCGCUCGCCGCCGACCCAGAAAGUACGGAGAACGAUAAGAACGUGAACAAUGAAUCUGAGUCGAAUAAAAUAAACCUGAAGAAGUCUAAAUCUAAGGUGUUCGAGAUUAAAGUAGACAACAGUGUGGUCGGUAAAAAUCAAAGUCCUCAAACUGAGGUCGUAUUAGUGGAAAAGAAGAAAAGAGGGCGGCCCUCAGGUAAAAACAAAAAACUUUCUUUAAAUACUGAGGAAUCAAAUUCUUUUAACACGUCUAAAGAAAUUGAAAAACCAUUAGUGACCAGGUCUUCUGUUUCCGUGAAACCAGUCGAACAAAUGCAAAUUGAAGAAACUGAGACUAAUAAAGACGAUACUUCCGAAUCUAACUGCAAGACCACUUUAAUGACUAAAAAGCAUCACGAAUCCCCAGAAACUGAAACAUCUGUGAUUGAGGAGAAGUCGCAGAAAAAGGUAAUGGAGAAGCUUACAGUUGAAGUGCACAGUAAACCGCUUGCAAGUGCAGAGAAAAAACAGAACGAAACAAAAUCAUUGAAUAUAACAGAGAAUCCUUUGACGAGCAAGGAUGUUGAAACAACGUCGACUAAUGUCGUAGACAAUGCGGCAUCCAGCAAAGUUGAGAAGACUGAAACACUUUCGGCAGAAGUGGAAACGGAAAUUAUAAUAACCGAAAAAACCCCAAGUCCAAAAGCAACCAACGAUACGUCGUCGAAAAAAGAAGUUUCAUCUGAUAAGGUGUCUUCGGUUCCAGCAGUAUCUCCAGAAAUAUUGAACAAUUCGGAUGGAUCGGAUAUCAUUCCGUGCACGGAUGAGACUCCAGCCCGGAAUGUUCGUGUAUCAUUGUUUUCGAAUAAACCUGCUAAUAGCUCGCUAGCUGAUAUCACGUUGACUCUGGAAGAAAACAGUGUCUUGGAUGUGGCGAAUGAGGACACGCAGAGUGUCGCAGGAAGUUUCAUAAAUACGCCUGUGAAGUUGUCCAAUGAGCUCACGUGUAGUCCAAUAAACCAGGAGACUCCUAGCAAAAACAAAGCGUUGCUUAGCGAUACUUUGGAUAUUUCACCCAUUCAGUUUGAGGCGGCUGUGAAGAAUGUUGGAGACGAUGAUAAUUUGCCAACCGGCACCUACUUGUCAGACACUGACACGUACGAAGACAAAAUGGAUAUGGUCGAGGAUGAUUUCCUGGCAGGAUUGAAGGCUUCCAGUACCCGAUCAUCGCGAUUGCUCAAUUUGGUGGGAAGCAGCAGCAAAGCGCGUGUUCCCCGACCGGUGACGGAGUUGGCGAGGAGCGCUAACUGCCUAAAAUCACCGAAAGCGGAUCGCAUUCGAAAGAUGAUGGAGAACUGUAGUAAAUCCGAUCUGAACAUGGACGAAGAUUGUCUCAAGUUUAACUCGAACGACGUUCUGAAGUUCGAGAAGGUAGUACCUAGUCCGUUAGCCGCGCCGAGAUUGAGCAUUUUGAAGAGGAAGCAGCCGGACUCGAUGGACAGCCCGGACAAAGGAUCACCACUCGCUAAGAGAAAACGAGUUAAUUUCCCUGAUCCUCCUACGACUUGCGAAAAGAUAUACUUCAAGGAGUUGCCAGAGAAGUCCGCUUAUCGAAAAAUGAACAAAAAGAAGAAUCCGAUGUGGAAGCCUUUAGGUCAAAUGGAUGAUACGAAUGGUUCGAUACAGGAUAUGCAGAAUCAGAUCGACAGUCUCGGCAUUUCACCGUUACCACAGUCUCCGCCUCGCGAGGAAACUGCAGAAAUUCAAGCAACGGAAGACCCCGUCGCUGAUGAGGAUUAUGAUGGUGUUGCUUGCGAUAUCGAAGGGGUGCCCAUCUUUGAAAAUAAUACUGAAAGUGAAUCAGCACCGCCCGCGGAAAACGGUGUAUUAAACAUGCUUUCCUCAAUCUGUACAGUCGUCCGAAAUACGUUGACACAAAAGCAGAAUUACGAGCUGAUCGAAGAAAACAUCGCGGCUGCUGCACAUACGUUUGACGAUGCUCAGAGAGAAAGACUUAUAUCUCUUCUGCAAAAUUGUAGGAGAGCCUAGCGAUGUAGAGUAUUUAUUUUAAAAGUGUACAGAAAGAAAUUGUAAGAAUAAUCGAUAAUUCUGAUGAAUAUGUAUAUUUAGUUGUAAGAGCACUUUUUAUGUAAUCUAGGCAUUUUAUUAAAAAUAUGUACUUAAGUAGAUCGUUUUAUGUUUGCGCU